AUGAGGAAACCAUCUAUUCCAGAGUUGAUUUACCAGAAGACCUUUCCCAAGCCGAAGCAAGGCGAUCCAGUCUCAUUCUAUGCACAUGUGCAACGCUAUAUUGUGGGUGAGGUCCGUGUUGAAGUCCAGAAUUUCUAUGGCGCCCUCGAUACCCUUGAAGCCCAGUAUCCCGGUCUCGACUACUGCUUUCCCCCUCAUCGCCGCCGACUAUCGAGGUACCCCUGGCAUAGACGCCUGUUCCGUGUGUUCGAUGAACUGGGCUUGACCGGCAACGAGAUAUUGAAUCUGUGCCAGUGGGAGGGAACCAGAGCUGCAAAGGAAAGAUAUGAGCGCGAGGCAGGAGUACAAGUAAGGACAACCACCGCCGACGAAGUCGUGGCAGCGGUCCCGGGAAACGGCCCAAUUGCAAUCUUCGAGGAUUUGUCUCGGCCAGCGUCUGUGGGUUCCACAUCUUUGAGCAACCAUACGUUAGUUGGCGCUCUAGGGAAAGAGGGAGAUAAGUCUGGCGACGUUGAAGACCCUCCGUCACCGCCCGAAGACGACGUUAUCGACCUACUACGGUCCGCGAUACAGUCUCGCCUCCUAGGGGACUCUAUGUCCCUUGAUCACGCUCGAGAGCAGUGGCUGAAGGAGAUCCUGGACGGACGUGGCGAGAUUGACGUGGAUGCAAUCAUGGCCGCAAUCGAGACUUUGGAGCCCGAGACCAUUGGCGUUCCUCAGCAGGCAGAUGAGACGGACGAUGCAAUGUCACGCUCACCCACUCCUCAGUCACCGGGCCUCGCUUAUGAUACCACCACUCCUCUUGACCGGGCAGUAGCCGAUCUCCGUCGCGUUCAGUCACUCUUCCUCCAGAGAUCACAAACAGAAGCAGCCAGGUGA